UUGUACCCACUCAGGCUGAAGCGGCUGCACACUGGGGCCGAGGGGACACCUGCCCACGGAGGCUUUGCGUGCCCCUGGUUUGGCGUGGGCCGCGUUAACGUCUGGUUAUGCCCCGGGCAGUUUGUGGGGUGGGUGGUGGGGCUGGAGGACAGUGGGGGCUGCUGUUGGUGGUGGUACGGAUCGCAUAGCUUUUGCUGUGAAGGAUUCCGUAUCCUUUCUGAAGGGAGGGGAGAGGAGAGCCCUGCGGUCUCUGCGCAGGAGUUGUGUUACUUCCAAGUGGGAAGAGUGAGAACGGCAAACUCGGCGGGCGCGCGCUCCGCACAGGAAGUGGGGCCGCGGUGAUCCUGCCCCCAGUGGGGGACCCGGCCUACGUGCACCCACGUGUGUGACCUCCGGGAAUCCUGGGGCUGAUGGCGAGCCCUGCUGGUUCACCGGUUCCCAGCUCGGUCCUGGCGGUGGCUGGGAGCCGGGGGAGUCCCCCCUCCGCGGUCGAGGUUCCUGAGCUUCCUGCUGGGGGCUCAGGUGACCUGAGCCGGCAGCCAGAUGGUUUCUGGUCAGUGGGCCAUGAUGCCUGGGCUGGGUUUCACUUUCCCAAGUGGGUUUUUGUCUUCACACGCUGCCUGUCCUGAUGUUCCUGCAGAUAAAACCUGUUUGUUUGGCGGCAGGAGGGGGGAGGGGGACUUCCAUCUGCAGCAUUUGUCACAACUGCAGAAAACGUCUGGGUUGCGAGUCAUCCUCCCCCUUUCCGUGGGAGCCGCCCUCCAGCUGGGGCAGCUCUUCAGUGGCUGUCCUUGGAGUGGCCCCCUUUGGCCAUCCUGUGCCCAGGGGACCAUUGCUUCCAGAAUCAGAGCUGAACGGACAGAAACCCUGGAGGUGUUCUGCUUGGGGCGGAGGCUGAGGCGCACUGCCCGGGCACUAUCCAUCAAACCUGUGCCCAGCCUGCAGGGGAGGAUGUGGCCAGCUGUGCGGGAAGGGGGUGCUGUCGAGGUUUUUAGCUCUCUGUGGGAGAGGUGGUUACCCGCUGCUGUCCCGGCAGAGCGGCCCUGAAUCAGGAGCGAGUACACGCUUGAGGGUCGCAUCCUUUUGAUCCUAGAUGGGCUCCAGGGUCCAUGCCCGUGGGGCCUCCCCCAUGCUGGCUAGGAAGAGGGCCUGGCCUAGCCCAGCUGCGCAUGGGGUCUGUCCCUGGAGGCAGUUGCCCCUUGAGCCCCGUGUUGUCGCAGUGCCUUAACGUGCUGCUGAGCACCCUGGCCCUGUGUCCUGGGGGUGGGGGAUGGGAGCAGGAGCAGACAAGUGGGCACUUGGUCCUCAGGACAUGGUUGCAGGGGGACAGGGUGGCCAGGAAUGCUGCUGGUCCUGGAAGUCACAGCCUCGCCCACUCCUGGCCAGAGGCAGGCGCCCAGAAGCCCUUUCUAAGGCUGCAUGGCUAGCAGAUGGGGGCUCCUUUGUGAACCUGUGGGGGGAGUCAGGGUCUCAGACCAGAGACAGAAGGGGCUUUGCUAUGGCUCAGGGUAGUGGGAUCUGGAUGUGCCUCCCCUUGGUGAGUGUCCUAAAUGCUCUGGGUCCUGGGCAUGGGCGUCGCAGGCCGCAGCAGCUGGGGCGUGGUUUGUAACGUGCUCUGUUGUGUAGACUUCCGCGCCUGUGCGGGACCGGGUCUUAACGGUUCAUUCCUCUUUCUGAGCUGUGAUGCCGAUCUGGGGGCUGUUGGUCUCUGAGGGGCAGCCCAGGGCCUGUGGCCUCCAGAGUUGUGGGCUGGGAGGCCCUCCACAGGUGCCGGCCUAUCCUGGGGCCUGGGUCUGGGGACAAGCCUGCUGGAGCUCUCUGAGCCACGUGGGUCAGUGGUUCCUGGCCCUUAUCCCCGAGGGCAGUCUGAGCGUCUGGGCAUUCCUUGUGCUGCUCUCGCGGGCUGCUGGGCAUGGAGGUCCUGAGGGGUUGUUGGGUGCCAGCACCAGCAGCGGGGAAGCCCCUGAGCAUCCCUAGACGGCUGUGCGAGGGUAAGCAGGCAGUUUGGAAGAGGGGUGGGGAUGCGGUAUCCUUGAGACAUAAGUAGGUGGAAAAGGCGGUUUGGGGGAGAAGGGGUGAGGCUGCUGGCGGCGCGGCUGGGCUGCUCUUCCCCGUCCCUGCCACGGCGCUGGGCCUCGAGACUCUCUCUGGCCCCCGGUUUUGCAUCCAGACGUUCCUUGAGGAGUUACUCCUGGUUCCUGGUCAUGGAGCCCAGGACACAGCUCUCGAUCCUGGGGUCCGGUCUGCAGAGGGCAGAAGUGUUAGGUGGGAGCCAAGUCCACGUCCCGUGUGGUUCUUGUUGAGAGUGGCUCUGUCCUCGGGCCUCCGUGGAGGGACGGCUGCCUGCUUGCUAGGCCCUGGGCGCGUCUGCCGUGCGCCACACUGAGACCGGCAGGUGCACGUGUUUGUGGAACACAGCGGCAGGCCACCCAUCCCCAGUGUCGUACACAAAUGGGUCUUUGGGGUUUCUAGGCCCUCUUGGGCUCCCCCGGGUGCCCCCACCCCUCACUGGACGGCACCGCCCGCUGCAUCGAGGAGUAGUAUUUCUGUCCAAAGCCGUGAGGGCAAGGCUCAGGUUCCCUCAGAUGCCUGGAAAAUAGGGCAGGCUCCUGGGGCUAAGCUGCGUGGCUGCCACGGGACAAGGGGGCUUUGUUCCCUGGGCCUGCCAGCGGCCCUGUGGUUGUCGAAGAUGGUCCCCCAGUCUUGAUACCGGUAGGGCUACAGUUGAGCUCUCUGGGUCAGUGGGUUUGGGCUCGUCCCCAUGCAGCCCUGUCUGCACACAUGGAGGGUCUGCAGAAUGUGGGAUGGCAGUGACGUACGGGCAAAGCCUCUGUAGGUGGUGGUCCCCCACCCUGCCCUUGGAAGAGGAGCAGUGUCUUGGGGUUAGGACCAUGUGGCCGUGGCGAGGGGAGGAAUGGUCACAGCUUUGGGUAUCGUCUUAAAGCCAGGUUGGAGCAGAGAGGUGGGCACAGGGGGUCUUGGGGAGAUGCUCUGGUAUUUUGCUCCGCUCCACACACCCUCUCUCUCUUUCCAGCGGGGAUCCGACGAGCUUUUCUCUGCCUGCGUCACUAACGGACCCUUUAUCAUGAGCAGUAACUCGGCUUCUGCAGGUAACCCCAAGCACACAAAUGGGAACGAUAGCAAGAAGUUUAAGGGGGACAACAGAAGUGCGGGCGUGCCCUCCAGAGUUAUCCACAUCCGGAAGCUCCCAGGCGACGUGACGGAGGGCGAGGUCAUCUCCCUGGGGCUCCCCUUUGGGAAGGUCACCAAUCUCCUGAUGCUGAAAGGGAAAAAUCAGGCCUUCAUCGAGAUGAACACAGAGGAGGCUGCCAACACGAUGGUGAACUACUACACGUCCGUGACGCCUGUGCUGCGCGGCCAGCCCAUCUACAUCCAGUUCUCCAACCACAAGGAGCUCAAGACAGACAGCUCGCCCAAUCAGGCACGGGCCCAGGCCGCACUGCAGGCAGUGAACUCCGUGCAGUCCGGAAACCUGGCCCUGGCCGCCUCGGCUGCCGCGGUGGAUGCUGGGAUGGCCAUGGCUGGCCAGAGCCCGGUGCUGCGGAUCAUCGUGGAGAAUCUUUUCUACCCGGUGACUCUAGACGUGCUCCACCAGAUCUUUUCCAAGUUUGGUACGGUUCUGAAGAUCAUCACUUUCACCAAGAAUAACCAGUUCCAGGCACUGCUGCAGUACGCCGACCCUGUGAGCGCCCAACACGCCAAGCUGUCACUGGACGGACAGAACAUCUACAACGCCUGCUGCACGCUCCGAAUCGACUUCUCCAAGCUCACCAGCCUCAAUGUCAAGUACAACAACGACAAGAGCAGGGACUACACACGCCCUGACCUGCCUUCUGGGGACAGCCAGCCCUCGCUGGACCAGACCAUGGCUGCCGCCUUUGGUGCGCCUGGUAUAAUGUCAGCCUCUCCGUAUGCAGGAGCUGGUUUCCCUCCCACCUUUGCAAUUCCUCAAGCCGCAGGCCUCUCUGUCCCUAACGUGCAUGGGGCGCUGGCCCCCCUGGCCAUCCCAUCGGCGGCGGCGGCAGCGGCGGCGGCGGGCCGGAUUGCCAUCCCAGGCCUGGCCGGGGCAGGGAAUUCUGUCCUGCUGGUCAGCAACCUCAACCCCGAGGUACUCACACCCCAAAGCCUCUUUAUUCUUUUCGGCGUGUACGGCGACGUGCAGCGGGUGAAGAUCUUGUUCAAUAAGAAGGAGAACGCGCUGGUGCAGAUGGCCGACGGUAGCCAGGCGCAGCUGGCCAUGAGCCACCUCAACGGGCACAAGCUGCACGGAAAGCCGGUGCGCAUCACACUGUCCAAGCACCAGAAUGUGCAGCUGCCCCGCGAGGGCCAGGAGGACCAGGGCCUCACCAAGGACUAUGGCAACUCCCCACUGCACCGCUUCAAGAAGCCUGGCUCCAAGAACUUCCAGAACAUCUUCCCGCCUUCAGCCACCCUGCACCUCUCCAACAUCCCGCCCUCGGUGUCUGAGGAUGACCUGAAGAUCCUCUUCUCCAGCAACGGCGGGAUCGUCAAGGGGUUCAAGUUCUUCCAGAAGGACCGCAAAAUGGCGCUGAUCCAGAUGGGCUCCGUGGAGGAGGCCAUCCAGGCGCUCAUCGACCUGCAUAACCACGACCUGGGCGAGAACCACCACCUGAGGGUCUCCUUCUCCAAGUCCACCAUCUAGGGCUGCUGUGGACCAGCCUGCCGGUGCCCGGCCACAACUUCCAUCAUUCCAGAGAAAAGCCACUUUAAAAAGCAGCUGAAGUGACCUUAAAAGACCAGAGAUUUUAUUUUUUUAAAAGAGAAAUCAGUUUACCUGUUUUUAAAAAAAUUAAAUCCAAUUCACCUUACCCUGGGGAGAUGGGGUGCCGGCCUCAGGCUCUCGGUGACUAGUGGACAGUGCGCCCUGCUCCCUCCCCAGCCCCCCCCAGCCCGUGCCUUCUGCAGCCUCUGCGGGGUGGGCAUUCCCAGACCUCGACUCGGCUUUCCUGUGCCUUACAACCCACUGCUCUGGUGGAGCCCCUCCAUGGGGGUGGGGGGGCCUCCCGCGUGGGAUCGUGUGCCUGGUGCAGCGGGGGCUGUGAGCUGCAGGGUCCAGCCAGCACCCCAACCCGUUCAAUCAAGUGUGUGAUUCGCCCCAGCCCCAGGGACCCCGACCCGGGGCAAGGCCCCAAGGGCACCGGCCGCCUCCAGCUCUGAGCUCUGCCCCUGGAACCUCUGUAUUAGGCUUCGAUGCAGCUGCAGAGUCUGUGCCCAGCAAUAUUUCGACUUGACCAAAUACUCUAAUCUCAUUUAUAUGCAAAAGAGAUAGUUUUAAGUAACUUUUUAUAUAGCAAGAUAAAAGUGGUAUGAGUGUACUCUCCGUUUCCUCGUGCUAUCACCUUGCAUACUGUACUUUCGACCUUACUCCUUGUGCUGAAGUCGCGGGGCAGGAUCCAGUUUCCAGGGCAGGCUGGCUGGGGGCCGGUGCAGGGGAGCCCCGGUCUUUGCCGAGGACACCCCCAGAUGCCUUACAUCUAAUGGUCCCCCCACCCCCACCCCAGGGGGGACAAGCGCUCUUAAAAUUUUCAGGGUUUCCGCUCUCCUGCAGAUUUUGGACCAAAGUUUUGUUUGUUUUUUUGUCUGCCUCUAACGCUGGGGCCCCAGGAAGAGGGACAGCGGUCCCCGAGUCUUAACUGUCUCCUGCCCGUCGUCCUGCACUCACGGGUCCAAGGGGCACCCCUGUGAGCAGACCCCCAUGCUGGCCAGCCCCUCCCUCGGGCCUGGACCCUCGAGUUUCCGUGUUGGGGUGGAACAAGGGUGUAAAUAUUUAUAAUUUUUUUAUACCUGUUGUAAAACGAGGGGCAGCAAACAUGGUUUUUUAUAAAGGUGACACAGAUGUAUAUUUUGGUAACCCACAGUUACAGGCUCAGUAUUGUGACGGGGAGCGCGGCGCAUCCCACGGCCCCCCCCCCAGCGGCUUGUAAUGCAGAGAGAACCGAAUUAAAGCAAUUUUACAACUCCUA